AGCUCGUUGCUAUGUCUGGGACCAACUUCCUUAGCAACCACUUAGUCCCUUAAAGGGGCCUGAGCGGUGGCUGCCACCAGCCAUGGCUCCCAAAAAGAAGACAAACAAGGUGCCCAACGAGCUCGAGAAGAAGCGGAGAAGCGGCAAGAAGGAUACAGGCAUCCCCAAGCCCUUAGAACCACCUUUGAGCGAGGAGACGAAGGAAUUCUACCUCAUGCAGAUCCGAGACCUGGAGGACAGGCUGGCCCGGUACCAGCGCAAGUGGGACGAGCUGGUCGUGCAGGAGAAGCAGUUCCGCCAGGAGUUUGAGCAGCUGGCCACCAACAAGAAGGAGAUCGUGGCCUUCCUCAAGCGCACGCUCAACCAGCGGAUGGACGAGAUCGCCGACCUCAACGAGCAGCUGCAGAGCCUGCAGCUGGCCAAGGACAUGGAGAAGGAUGCUUUCGAGGCGCAGCUGGCCCAGGUGCGCCACGAGUUCCAGGAAACCAAGGACCAGCUCACGACGGAGAACAUCGCCCUCGGGGGGAAGCUGGCAGCCCUGGAGGAGUUCCGGCUGCAGAAAGAGGAGCUCAUGGAGAGGUUUGCGGUGCUGGAGGACCAGCUGCGGAAGCAAGAGAGCGAAUACAAGGAGCACAUCUACAACACCGAGAAGAAGUCCAUGAUGGACAAGGACAGGCUGCGGAAGGAGAUCAUCCAGCGCGUGAACCUGGUGGCUGCCGAGUUCCGCAAAUUGGCCGCCAGCCAGAUGUGGGACACGACCAAGCGGACCAUCACGGAGAACAACAUGGUGACCCUGCAGCUGUCCAAGGUGUCCCGGUACGGCCUGCAGCUGCUGCAGGAGAACGAAGAGCUCAAGAGCACCCAGUGCCAGCUGCGCCAGGAGCUGGAGCUGCUCGAGAGCACGCAGAAGGCCAUGGCCAAGAACAAGCAGUCCCACGAGAAGCUCAUCCUCAUGCUGACCGAGAAGUGUGAGGAGCAGCAGCUGGACCAGAAGGAGGUGGAGAAGAUGCAGGCCCAGCUCAGCAAGCAAGAGCACUGCCUGCAGAAGCGGGAGGAGGAGAACCAGGCGCUGCGGUGCGGCGGGCGGGCGGGUGACCCCUCAGAGGGAGGGGCUGAGGCCCCCGGCUCACCCUUCUGUCGGGGGCGCAGGAAGAAGACUGAGCAGCUGACUGCCAGCCUGGAGCAGCAGCAGGCCAAGGGGCAGCGGCUCCAGGAGGAGCUGGCCCAGGAGCAGAACACUAGGGCAAGGCUGGAGAAGACCGUGACCCAGGUCACCUCGUUCCUCCAGAGCAUCCUGCAGAUGCAACCAGAGGAGGGCAAAGACUCCGAGCUCCUGUUCCAGCUGCAACAGAGGGAGCUGAUGGAGCAGCUACUGGCCAUGCUCAGCUCGACCCUGGCCCUUGAUCCCCUUCAGGCCGCCAGUCCCCACCAGGAGAGGAAGGCCAGCCAGCAGUCCCCCCGCGCGGCUCUGCUGAAGCAGCUGGCUGACAUCAGACCCUACCGGCCCGGGGACCUCGGCCUGGUGCCCCGGAGCACAGGCAUCCCGCCCAACCCCAAGGACCUGCAGCUGCUCUCUCACACCAGCCGCAUGGGGAAGGUGGGCUACUUGCACAUGCAGAACAACACCGAGGGCUACCUGGGGCAGCGCAGAGACACGUUCUAUUAA